CCGGAAGUAGAUGUGCUAGUGAGAAAAAUGCUAGCCUAGCAACGGGACCUGCCCAUGGAGUUUGUCACCGAGUCUAUGUUUUAAUGCUGAUAGAUUUAUUUGACGGUUUUGCGGCCUCUCCGAGUGUGAGAAGAUGGGCGUCCUCUUCAAGCCCCGUCUGAUCCUUCUGAGCUGUCUGGCUGUUGUCCUGCUUGUUUUGGGAAACGCAUCAGCUUCCGAGUUCGAUCCGUACAGGGUGCUCGGAGUGUCUCGACACGCCGGUCAGGCUGAAAUCAGGAAGGCUUACAAGCAGCUUGUCAAGGAGUGGCAUCCAGACAAGAACAAAGAUCCAAGUGCAGAGGACACGUUUAUCAAGAUUACUAAAGCCUACGAGAUCCUGUCGAGUGAGGACCGCAGAGCAAACUACGAUCAGUUCGGUCAGACCGAUGAGAAUCAACACCACAACCAGGCCCCGCACGGUUUCCGACACUUUCAUGACAGCUUUUACUUCGAUCAGUCGUUCUUUCGUUUCACGCAGUCCACUCGAGAUUUCACAGACAGCAAGCACCUGCUUCAGUAUGAGAAGUAUAUGAAAGAAGUGGAGCCCGAUAGCUUUAAAAGGCCCUACCUGAUUAAGAUUACCUCAGAGUGGUGUUUCAGCUGCAUCCAUAUCGAGCCCGUUUGGAAGGAAACCAUUCAGGAGCUGGAGCCACUGGGUGUGGGAAUUGGCGUUGUGGAUGUCGGUUACGAGAAGCGAUUAGCUAAUCAUCUGGGAGCUCGUGGCGCUCCAUCCAUUCUGGUGCUCAUCAAUGGCAGAGUGACCUUCUUCCACAACGCCGUGGUCCGAGAGAACCUGAGGCAGUUUGUGGAAAGCUUGCUGCCGCAUAAGCUAAUAGAGAAGGUGACAGAUGAUAACUACCUACAGUUUUUGAACGGUUGGCGGGAAGAGAACAAACCCAGCGUCCUGCUGUUUGACGCUGCUCUUUCAGCACCAUUACUUUACAAGCUCUCUGCGUUUGCGUAUCGAGACUUCGUACGGUUUGGUUACGUAGAUCAAACUCAGACCACACGUAUCCAGCAGCAGUUCAGCAUCAACAUGUACGCUCCCACCAUGCUGCUGUUUAAAGAGAACACUGAGAAACCUGCAGACGUCAUACAGUCCAGGGGAAUAAAAAAGCAAACCAUCGAUGAGUUUGUCUCUAGCAACCGUUUCCUGCUGGUGCCACGACUGGUCAAUCAGAAGCUCUUUGACGAGCUGUGUCCCGUCAAACAGUUCCACCGCCGUCGGAAAUACUGUGUCUUACUCAUCACUGGGGAAGAUGAGACGUUCGUGUCUGUGAAUGACGCCUUCUUCGACUUUGCCGCUUCGAACAAUAAAGAGGUGGUGCGAUUCGCCUACGUCUAUCAGAGGCAGCAGCAGCCUCUCUGUGAUGCACUGCUCAAAACCCAAGACGUCAGGCCUCCCCAGGUGAUCAUUCUGGAGAGGCGAAGCACCGCAGGCAAGGUGCUGUACCGGACAAUGACGGGCGGUUGGAACGGGAGUGACGACGAUAAGCACCGCCUUCAUGAGCAGCUGGAGCUCCUGCAGAGAGACCCGACUUUUCUUACCUAUGACGCCAUGCUACCUGAACUCAACAACGAGUUCGCCUCAAUGUUUCUGAUCCGGUGGGUGAAUGAUGCCUAUGAUUAUCUUUCUCAUUUCUGCUUUGAUCUUCUCUACUCAAACUGGCGAGAGGUGAUGCCCAUCGUAUCUCUGAUCUUCUCUGCUCUCUUCAUCCUUUUUGGCACCGUCAUAAUUCAGGCUUUCAGUGACUCAGAGGAAAAAACAGCCAAGCGGAAGGCUAAAGAAUCCCCAAAGACAGCAGGAAGCUCCUCUGAUACAGAAAACACAUCCAGCCGUCCUUCAAAGAAGAACUUUGUGGAAGUGACGGAGCUGACAGACAUGACCUACACCAGCAAUCUGGUCAAAUUAAAGCCAGGACACAUCAACGUGGUGCUGGUGCUCACAGACGCGUCCAAACAGGUCCUGCUGAAGAAGUUUGCCAAGGAAGUGUACUCGUUCUCAGGAUCCCAGACUCUUCACUACUCCUUCUUAAACACUGAUAAGCACAGUAGGUGGAUGGACUCACUCCUGCGGUUGGUGCCCUCUGCCAGGCUUUCAGAAGAUGAGGAAGAAGAGGGCACGUCCUCCUGUAAACCGUGUUACACCGGCCACGUGCUGGCCCUUAAUGGCCAUAAAAAAUACUUUUGCCUGUUCAGACCAACGCUCACCAAGCCCGAAGAUGACUCUGUACAACUCCAUCACAAGCUGGACCGACUGAACCUAUGGAUGGAGAAGCUAACGGAGGGCACGCUGCCCAGACUCCAUGUUCCUGCCUGGCCUGAUCUGCACACCACUACCCCCAAAAUAUAAAGGGGUGGGAUUGAAACCUAGUGGGAAUCUUAAAUAUCAGGUCUGGACUCCACAGUGUGACUUUUUUGUGUUGUUGAAAGUAGGAGUUUGUACUGUUUGCCUGGGAAUUGACCCUCUGUGUGUAGUAUGUGUUCUUGAUUCUUCUGGUUAUGCACUGGCUUUUUUUUUUUUUUUUUUUUUUAACCCUCAUGGCAGCACCAGGUACACACUUUUUGCUGCCAGCAGGGGUUGCACUACGAACCAUGUUAUUUACGUGGAGAAAAAAAAAGUCCUUGGACUUUAUUUUAGCUGCUGAUUUACGCUGUAGGAACAUUCACCGACCCCUUCAUGCACAGACGACAGGAAAGUCCUGUCAGGAUGAAAGCAUGUAUACAUAUAAAUGAGUCAUAUCAAGUGCCACCUGUUUGUUGUAGAGAUAUGAGCUAUGUAACAAAAAAAGGCCAUUUUGGGGAUAUAUUCAAAUUGGCACUUUGUGUACUGAGAAUAUAGAAAUGAUCUGUCCAUUAUUUUCCUUUAAUGAAACACGCCUCGAUCAUCGUUUACUACUGAAUGCAUUAACAAAACAAGUAAUCGAAAUGUCCACGGUGUGUGUAGCUUUGUUAGUCAACAGCUCAUACAAAGCUGUGAUAGGUCACUAACGUCAUUCAGGUGACGAAUGCUCUUCUGAUUGAGCAAAAAAUUCUGUUCAUACAACUAUUACUUCUCCAUUUUUGCGUGCGUGUGAUUGUGAAAUGUUUUCGCUUGCAUGAAAAAAAAAAAAGCCUCACAUUUGUCAUGUUUUGCUUUGAUUUCUAGCAUGUUGUGUGUUUCUUUCUUAAAGAUUUACGUUUACACUUAAAACAUCAUCAUCAUCCGAAAAUACUUUAAAACCAGUGUAAUUAUUGAGCCACUUCAUAACAGUAAUAUAUAUAUUAUUAUUUUUUUUAUUUUAUUUUGUGUCUUGACCUCAAAACAUUUCUGUUAGAUAUUUAAUUUAUAAGAAGUUGCAUCGUUUAUUCCAUGUCUUACUCGUACUGUUUAAUUUAAAUAAACAUUACACAAAGUCUACAAAUUACAGGCUGUCUUUAUUUUAGAACUGAAGCACAGCACACUGGUUAGAAAGUCUUGAUACAUUUUUUUUUAGGGCACAUCAUUGAGAUGGAGGUUUUUCUUUUAAAUUUUUAUGGACGGUGUCUUCGUUGUCUUAUCUGAGAAGGGAAAAAAUUCUGUCUGAUGGAACAACCUUUUACACCUGAUCUAAGGUAAGUGAUAACAUGAACUAACCAGUUUCAGAGGCAUUUCUUUCUGAACCUUUCUUGUAAAUGAAGAAAGAAGGGAAACGUGAUGUACGUUCAAUAAAAUAAAGUAGAUUGUUGUGGGACGUGUUAUUGAGGGGGGGAAAUGGAAGAGAAGCAGGUUUUUUU